AUAUCCGGCUCCGAAGGAAAAGCACGGACCCCAAAAUGUUUAUCAAAUCCAGCUGAAAAAACCCCUCAAAUCCAUCACACUCUACUCCCUGUAUAAAAACUCUGCACAGCGACUCGUGUACCCAAAGUACACAUCCGAUUGCUCCAUCCUCCAUCGUCGGAUCAACCAUUCAUUCUCCAAAACCGUUUAUCAGAAGCUAUGGCUCCGAUUGCAGUCGGCGAUGUGAUACCGGACGGUACUCUGUCUCACUUCGACGAGGAGGACAAGGUCCAAGCGGUCAACAUCCACUCUCUCGCCGCCGGUAAAAAAGUCAUCCUCUUUGGCGUCCCCGGUGCCUUCACCCCAACUUGCAGUUUGAAGCAUGUGCCUGGAUUCAUUGAGAAGGCAGACGAGCUUAAAUCAAAGGGUGUUGACAAAAUUCUGUGUCUUAGCGUGAAUGACCCCUUUGUGAUGAAGGCUUGGGCUAAAUCAUUCCCUGAGAACAAGCAUGUCCUUUUCCUUGCUGAUGGCUCAGCAAAAUACACCCAUGAUCUUGGCCUUGAGCUUGACCUUUCGGAGAAAGGACUUGGAACUCGUUCUAGGAGGUUUGCUCUCCUAGUCGAUGACCUCAAGGUGAAGGCUGCAAAUAUUGAAAGCGGAGGAGAAUUUACCGUCUCCAGUGCUGAUGAUAUCCUCAAGGCUCUUUGAAUAUUCCCUUCUCCCACCCUUAGCUUGCUCCUCCUUGUAUCGAGAGUUGAGCCACCCCUUCUAUAUUGCCUCUAGCUUUUUUAGGCUAUGUGGAUCUUGAAAUCUUCUGUCAAGUACUUUCUCUAAUGAAAAUAAAGGAGCAGUUUUGUGGGUUGGCUUAAAGUUUCUUGCUCCUUGAAGGCAUUGUUUCAAUGUUUACCUGCAUAUGGGGAUACCUGAGGCAGGAUAUUCAAAU